UGGAAGUGUGUCUCCAGCAGCGUUUAUAAACAUGGCCCCUUUACACACCUAGGGGUCAUUGUUUACAUCCAUUCAUACAUGCCAUUUCUGCAUGUACGUUUCUGUACCCUGGCAGUGUGACAGAGCUAUAGAAGACGGACCAUCAUCCCACAUCUGGCUUUCCUUCCAGUUCUGCUCCACAGAGUCCACUUGAUGCCUCAGCACCUGAUCUGCAAAGAUCACAUCUGAACGGAUACCUUGUGGAUUUUUGGCAAAAAAGAGUUCCUAUUUAGAUCUUUCCAGAACCAGCUUCCACCAUUUCUCCUCCAGCCGCCAUGUACAGCUCCAACUACUCCCGGGCCAAGUUUGGCCUGGAGGCAAGGCAGCCCCUGCACAAACACAAAGGAAAGAGCUGCGGCUACUACAUGAGGAUCGUCUUCUUCUUCUCCUCUCUGAUCCAGUCCCUCAUCAUCGUCAGCCUGGUGCUCUUCCUCAUCUAUGGACAGCCAGAGAAGUCAGCCGAGGAGAAGAGAGUCGAGGACCUGGAGGUGAACUUCAACAGGCUGAGUGAGAACAACAUCCAGCUGAGGAAGGAGAAGGGCGAGCUGGGAGUUAAGCUGGGAGCUCGCACCGGAGAGAAAGCUGCUCUGGAGACAGAGCUGGCCAAGCUGAAGACUGACACCAACAAGACAGAGUUUAUCCUAAAAGAUAAAUUAGCUACCUGUGAGAGAACGAGUGCAUCGACAAUCACAAGCAUGAUGUCACGUCGUAUCACCCCUCCGAUCCAGACCCCUCCUGUCACUAACAGCGGUGAAAUGAAGACUCUUCAGACCCUGAACGCCCAGCAGAAAGCCAUGAUCAACCUGAUUGUGGCGAACUUCACCCAGACGGUGCAGUACCUGAGCCUGGAGAGAGACAACGCCCUCAAAGACAGAGACAUUCACCACCAGGACGCCAUCGCCCUGCGCAGGGGGAACACCAUGCUGACGGAGCAGCUCACCACCUACACCAAGAAAUGCAAGGAGGACUUUGCCCACUCUUUGGACGGGAUCAAAACGGUGACCAGAGAUUUCCUGACCAAGAUCAACAACCUGUUUCCCCACCAGCUGACCUUUCACCUCACCUGCGACAGCCAGCAGGAGCGGAUGGAGAAGAUCAGGAACAAAUGCACUAACCUGUCCAGAGAUGUGGAGAAUAAGUUCCAGCUGUAUUUGGACAAUGUGGGCAACAAGGUGGCUGAGAUCCAAGCCUUGUCCAGUAGUCUGGAGGUGCAAAACUCACAUGCGAUCUCUGAACUGGAGCAGUGUAAACUCACUCGUAAAGAGGCGGCCGCGGAGUCAGCCAAUCAGGUGCAGCUCAAACAGAAGACUCACGAUAACCAGGUGGAGAAGUUACUGAUUGAGCAGAACCUGCUGAGGGAUCAGAAGAAGCUGCAGGAAGACACUUUGGCCCUGAGAGACAGAGAGCUUCAGAACCUCCAGCGAACGAUCUCUGCUCAGCCCAAUACCAAGGGGAGAUGAAAUGAACUUGCAGACUGAAGAAACAUUUGUCAACAUUUUGCCUUUAAAUCUUCAAAAAAAGACAUGUAUAUAUUCUGUAUACAACAAACUUUAAUUUGUACAUAAUAAAGAGUCCAUAUUAAUGACUUGCUGUUGUUGGACUGUGCAUGCUUUGUUUAGCUCUGCUUGGAUUAGAAUAUGAAUUGGUGUUUAAGUUUAAACAUUGGUUGAAAAGCCUUGGUACCAACCAAGGUAAAUGUAAAAAUGUCAAUUACACUGGUGUAAAUAUUUGUCUUGUUAUGUUUGUUGUACUGUAAAUCUUUUAUUUGGAAAUAAAAUGAAGCAGAAACUGACUCAAUCCUGAA